UUAUGUGACCAAGUCAGAGAACCACCUAAACUAAAACCUUUUCCUUUCAGAAUUCUCAUGCCCCGGUUUUCAAUUCAAAAUAUUAUUGUUUACUUUUAAAUUUUUGAAUAUGGAAUCGGUAGGGCAAAUUCAUUUUGCAUUCCUGCGUUGAAAAAGUUUCUCAGAGGAUAUUAUAAAACCCAAACUUCAAGCCGCGCGCAACUCACUCUAGCGUGAAGUUAUGGAGGACAGUUAUCGCACUUUCUUACACGGAGAUGCAGAGAAGAACAUCGAUUGGAGAUUUGGUGCCCCUCCUAAUUAUGAUGUUGUCAACAAGCUCUUCGAAGAAGGCAGAACCAAGGUAUGGCCUCCGGGGUCGUUGGAGGAGAAGGUGCAGACUCUCCUAAAGAAUUGGGAAAUGGAACUUUUCCACAAGGCAGAUCCCCGCCAGUACAGAUCAAUGGACCCAGACAAAUAUACUUUCAGCCUGAACGGAAGGAAGCCUAUAACUUUUGAAGAUUUAAUCAAGCUUGGUGGAGGGUAUAACCCGCUACUGCAAACCUCCCUGCCAGACAAAUUCAAGUUAUACAAUCCAGAUGAAGAAACAGCAGAGUCAUCUCACAAGGCUUUUACAACUACUUUCCCCCGAGGGUUUGCUCUGGAGAUUGUCCACGUGUACUGUGGCCCACCAGUGGUUGUUUUCAAGUUCAGGCACUGGGGUUACAUGGAGGGUCCUUUCAAAGGCCAUGCCCCAACUGGAGAAAAGAUUGAAUUAUUUGGAAUAGGCAUUUUCACGUUGGACGAGGAUGAGAAAGUAAUGAAGGUGGAGUUCUUUUACGAUCCUGCCGAGCUGCUUGGACCUCUCUCGAAGGGCCCUGUCUCUGAUGGCUCUAAUGAAGAUGCCGUUUCAAGCUGUCCUAUCAUGACGAAUACUGGGUAGAGAACCCCACAAGUUUCCACCCAAACUUGAAUAAAUGAUCUGAGUGCUUCAAUCAGUUCAAGGUUGUUGCAGGAUGAUUAUGUUUUAUGACUGUGUCACCUCCCUCCCACCGUCCAAUAUAAUAAAGAAUAUAUUGUGAGAUAUGCA